AGUGGGGCUAAUUCUGUUUGAGCUCCGUAAAACUGCACAGUACAAACAGUCAUCCACGCCCGGCCGGCGGCCGGCUACAUAACACUGUACAUCAAUUGUACAACAGUCACCCAUUACCUCUUCAGUCUCUGUCUCCUUGCUUUACCACCUUUCUGUACACAUUCUAUAUAUUUCUAAUAUAAUAUACUUCUUUGGGAAAUCUACUCUCACCCCUUACAUAUAUCUUGUAUUCACAGAAGAGUUGUAUUAGAGAUUUUUUGAAGGAGGGCAUGCUAUAAAUUUGAUAUUACUUUUUUGUGCCAUGGAUACACAGGCAGAGUCUACUACCAGUAUAAAUCACCAUGGUGGAGGAACACCCCCAGCUGGAUGGCCUCUUGGUCUUGAAACAAUGCAUCUAAGCAUGGAUGUGAUGAGAGGAACACAGCUAGAUCCAUUGGGUUUAUAUACACCUAGUUUCUCUUCAAUCUCACCGUCUUCAUCAGAUUUUGAUACAGAGUCUUCUGUGUCUUUCUUCCAUGAUAAAAGUGUCACACUUGGAACCCUCAUUGGUCUGAGGCCUGACCGCAGUACACGCUAUGCAAGAAACAUUGUACAUCCUGAAGAGCACAUGGGCGCCAUAGCAAGAAGACCAAGGAAUUACAGAAGGCUAAGACUAUGGAAGUCACUUACAGGUUGUAUGCAUUUCACUUCAAGACUGCAGAGCAGUGCCCUGUACCUUGCACAGUUACUCAAGACAGAAAAAAGAGGGGGAGUGGAAAAAGUAUAUAUGAAUGCAAUUUAUGAGGAAUCUGAGGAGGUAUUGACUGAUGCUACUAAUCCUCCAUUGUUAGAUCAUAACAGAGAUCAGUCCAUAAGGGCAAUCUCUGAAAGGUUUCCCUCCCAUGAUUUGGAGAUAAUAGAGCAAACCCCAUCAACUGAAGAUGGUAAGAAUUGGAGUGCUCCUGAGACCUCACAGAUAGAAUGUAGUCAUAGCAGAGAAGAUUCACAAGGCUUGUGCAUGCCCUUUGUGUCAAACAUUCUGCUGAAGAUAAUUUCCAGUAGGGAAUGAGUAACAGAGGAAUGAUCUGCUAUUUUUUUGAAAAUUCAGAGACCCAAAGUUCUCUUUUGUCUUUUGUAUCUUCUAUGUCCUUCUUGUCUCCAUGCUUUUGUUCUUUUUCUCACUGUACAUAGCAACAAUUAUUAAGAAAUGUGAAUUUUUUAUUGGAUUG